AUGGUAACUGUUAUUACCCGUAGCAAUUCAGGGGCUCCAAACAUUCAUGUCAUGAUAGAGUUCCUGUUGAUUAUUCUUACUGAUGUGCCCAAGGACAUUAUUCAUCAUGACAAAUUAUUUGAUCUUUUGGCUCAUGUUGGAGCACUUACCAGGGAAGUAUCAACUCUCGUUCACAACAUAGAAGAGAAAUCAAAGAGUAAAGGGAGUACCAACGGAACAAAUCGUGCAACUCUAGGCUUGUUGAAAAAUAUUGAAUACCUCAAGGUAGAUCUCAAAUAUGUUUAUCUGAAAGCCCCGGAUCCAUGUCAAUGGUGCUUCCCCAUGAGCGAUGGACCACUCUUUAUGCAUCUGCUACACAUACACUUGAAUGAUUUGCUAGAUUCCAAUGCUUAUUCAAUUUCUUUGAUAAAGGAUGAAAUUGAGUUGGUGAAAGAAGACCUAGAAUUCAUAAGAUUGUUCUUCGUGAAUGUUGAUAAAAGAUUGUAUAAAGAUGUAUGGGCACGUGUUUUAGAUGCAGCAUAUGGGGCAAAAGAUGUCAUUGAUUCAAUUAUUGUAAGAGAUAAUGGUCUCUUACAUCUUAUUUUCUCACUUCCCAUUACCAUAAGAAAGAUCAAUCUUAUCAAAGAAGAAGUCUCCAAUUUACCUGAGAAGGCUCCCAAGAACAAGAGCCUCAUUGUUGUUAACUCUCCCAAGAAGCCAGUUGAAAGUAAGUCAUUGACAGUUGGCAAAAUAGUUGUAGGUUUUGAGGAGGAGACACAGUCGAUAAUAAGUAAGCUCACCAGUGUAGAGAAAGAUCUAGAUGUCAUUUCAAUCAUUGGUAUGCCGGGUUCGGGCAAAACUACUUUGGCGUACAAAGUAUACAAUGAUGAGUCCGUUUCUAGACGUUUUGACAUUCGUGCAUGGUGCACAGUUGGCCAAGAAUACGACAAAAGAAAUUUGUUGGAGAAAGUUUAUAAUCAAGUUACUUGCCCUGAUUCAAAAUUGAGUGAGAAUAUUGAUGUUGCUGAUGAGCUAAGGAGACAUCUGAUUGGAAGGAGGUAUCUUAUUGUUUUAGAUGACUUGUGGGAUACUGAUGCAUGGGAUAAGUUAACAAGACCUUUUCCUCUAGUUGAGAAUGGAAGCAGAAUAAUUUUGACAUCUCGAGAUAUGGAAGUGGGUUUGUAUGGAAAGCGCAGCACUGAUCCUCUUAACCUUCGUUUGCUAAGGCCAGAAGAAAGUUGGGAGUUAUUGGAGAAAAGGGCAUUUGGAAACGACUAUUGCCCAGAUGAACUAUUGGAUGUUGGAAAAGAAAUAGCCGAAAAUUGUAAGGGACUUCCUUUGGUGGCUGAUCUGAUUGCGGGAGUCAUUGCAGGGAGGGAAAAGAAAAAAUCUGAGUGGCUUGAAGUUCGAAAUAAUUUGAAUUCUUUUAGUUUGAACAGUGAGGUUGAUGUUAUGAAGGUUAUAGACUCAGAAGUGAUGAAGGUUAUAGAAUUAAGUUAUGACCAUUUACCAUGUCAUCUGAAACCCUGCUUACUUUACCUUGCACGUUUUCCUAAGGACACAACAAUGGAGACAGAUGUGUUGAAAAUGUAUUGGCAUGCCGAAGGACUUGUUGAACAGACAGAGAUGAUGAGUAUGGAAGAAGUGAUGGAGGUGUAUUUGGAUAAUUUAAUUUCCAGUAGCUUCGUGAUACUUUUCAAUGAGAGAGGUAAUCACCCGACUUGCCAACUUCAUGAUCUUGUGCAUUACUUUUGUUUUACAAAAGCAAGAAAGGAAAAUUUGUUUGAGUGGAUAAGUUCAAGUGAUCGCUGCCUUCAACAUUGUUGGAUAAGUUCUUCAGAUUUGAUGCCACAUAUUGUCAACAUUGUUUAUGAUACGGAGAACUUAGAGCUUAACAAUUUCGUCCUGUUCAGUUCAAAAAAGAAAUACCUCUAUUCUUUGUUGAUAACUGGAGACGAGAUGGACGAUCAACUUUAUGAUGUAUAUCACCUAAGAGACUUGAGGCUUCUUAGAGUGUUGCAACUGUUUCCAUCUUUUAUCAUGGUAAAAGAUUCUUUGCUGAAUGAAAUAUGCAUGUUGAAUCAUUUGAG